AUGUCAGAAUCUGAUGGCGAAGAACACAAAGGGUGCCUCUGCGCCGCUGAGAAGGCGAAUCCGUGGAGCUCGGUUUCGACAUUCCUUGCCCCACACGAGCAUGAAACAAGCUCAAAAGAGACUAUGUAUAGCCAAAAGAUGCAUCUAGAGGUUCGGCGAUGUACCGAGACCGACAUCCCCCGCGUCUUCGAGAUAGUUUCUUUGGCCUUUGCCAACGACCACGAGUUUGUCGAUGCAGUCUUCCCUGAGCACAGCACGUCCGAAGGCCGCAAAUUGGGUAGCGAGCGUAUGCUCGCUAUGUUUCAUCGAGAUCCUUAUAGCAACUUCCUGAAGUGCAUCGACACGACCACUGGCCAGAUUGUGGCGGCUGCAAAGUGGAACGUCUACAAGGGCGGCCCUGUCCCGCCGCUGCCUGAGCUUGUUGGUGACUACUGGAAGAACGAUGAGGAGAAGAGAUUUGCACAAGCUAUCUUUCGUGGCUUUCUUGCGCCGAGACAACAAGCUAUCGAGGAGAGCGGCGCAAGAUUAGUUGCACUCGAUAUGUUGAUGUGUGAUCCUCAGUUCCAGGGCCAGGGAGCGGGGAGACUACUAGUAAGAGCCGGCCUUGCUAUUGCUGAUGAGAUGGGUGUCGAUGCGGUUGUAGAGGGUUCGGAUCGAGGGAAAAGACUUUACGCAUCGGAGGGCUUUGAUGGCCCCCAUUAUGCGACCCAAGACCAGGAUCUAAGAGAUUUACAUGAACUUAAGCUGGGCGCCAAUCUUUGUGAUGCGAGUAGCAAUUUGCCAAUGUCUUCAUGCUGCUUCAACUUUCAAGGAGUCGCCCACGUGCGUUUAGGAGCUCCUGUUACAUCAAACUUGUCUGUGCCGGCGACCCUGAUCAGCGGUCUUCAUGAGCAACGGGGUCAACUCAUUCAUAUUGCAACCUAA